AUUAUAAAAAAAAUAUACUACUUAAAAUGUCUAUUAUUAACAUUCAAUACAAUUUUAUUAUAGUUGAUUUAUUUAUUUAUUUAUUUGGAGAAAAUUAAUUAUAAACCAAACAUGCAAAUUGUAUUACAUUCACGGUGCAGCAUCAAAAACUUUCCUUGUUGUCAAUUUAAUAAAUUUGUCUGAAUCUUUGGUUUAAUGAAAUGUUUUCUUAUGUGGUUUUUUUUAGAGUAGAGGUUAAGUUUUAAUUAUAUCAGCGUUAUGCCUGUGCUGCAGAGAAUUGUAAAGCCGACCACCCACAAGGGUAAGAAGGUUCUCCUCAGCAGAGAGCCCAAACUCAUAGAGGAGAUUAAAAAAACUUUAUUUAUACCGGGGCCCAAAACCAGCAGCACAGUGAGCAGUUGCAUGAAGGACUUGUAUGAUUUGAAGAAGCCAGAUGCCAAGAUGCUAAGCAAAAGAAAUAAUAUUUUGCCAUUUGAAAACCCAGUGCCGCUGGAGGGAUUUUCCAAGAAACAUCUUUCGUCUCUCUUUGUGUUUGGAUCGCACAGUAAGAAAAGACCCCACAAUUUAGUCCUUGGACGCAUGUACGACUACCAACUACUGGACAUGGUGGAGCUGGGGGUGAAGCGUUACCAGGGCCUGCAGCACUUCAAAAAUGAGAAGGUGGCAGUGGGUCUGAAGCCAUGUCUGCUGUUUGUGGGAGAGCUGUUCCAGCAUGCCCCCACCCACCUCCGCCUCAGGAGCCUGCUGACAGACAUGUUCCACCGCGAGGCGGUGCCCGCAGUCCGCUUGCAAGGUCUGGAACACGUCCUGUUGUUCACUGCCGAUGAGGACUGCAUCCACCUGCGCAGCUACAGAAUACUCUUGAAGAAGUCAGGAUGCAGGACACCAAGAAUUGAGUUAGAUGAAAUUGGUCCUUCAAUUGAUUUCACACUGAGGAGGACUAAGUUGGCUUCAGAUGACUUGUUCAAAUUGGCCUGCAAGUCCCCCAAGGAAUUGAAGACCAAGAAAGUUAAGAAUGUAUCGAGAGACAAAUUUGGCACGAAGCACGCCCAGAUACACAUCCCACGACAGAACAUAGGCACCCUCCAGACCAGGAAGAUGAAGGGGCUGAAGAAAACUGCAUCGGAGAAGAAGGCGCACAAACGCCAGGCACAAGAGAGAGCAAACCAGGAUAGCAGUUCUCCUCCCAAGAAGCCACGAAAAACAACUUCGUAGUUCAAUUUUCUCAACAUUAAAUAACAUCUUAUAAUUUCUA